AUAGGUAGCUGUACGUUUAACAGUUGUCAAAUUAUUGUUUUCUUAUGGGAUUCUAUGUGGAAAACAAUGAAAGUUUCAUGGAGUUCUGUGUGAAAAAUGUCUGAAUCUUGUAAUGCGAAUUGCUUGUGCCGCUGUUGUCAUGCGGAAAGUCGUUUCAAGAGCGCUUCCAACAGAUCUACUCGAAAUAAGUCCGAUGAAAAUCUCAUAAUAAUGUUGAGAGAAACUUUUAAUAUUAUCAUAACACCUCUACCGGGCGAUGACAAACAUGUAAACAUCUGUGAAAGUUGUGAACCAAGAAUCCGAGAUGCGUCUCUCUUUAAGAAACAGGUUGUAACAUGUGAACAAAAAUUUAGGCAGUAUUACUCCGAUGCAGUGUUCAAAGAUGGAGAAUUUUCAAACGAAACAGUGAAAAUAGAAGUUGACACAUGUACCGUUAUCAAAGAUGAAUUCGAGCAUAAAGUGGAAACUGAAAACAUACAUUGCAAAGAUGCAGACAGCAGACUGGCUACCAUGGAGAUCUUCAUUGAGCCAGCGGUGGACAACGAAGACCAGCCGCUAUCCUUGUUGAAGACUCGGGACAAUUGGAGCCCAGAUCACAGUGAUGAUGGAUAUACAACCCCACCAGACAAUGUUGAAGCGAAAUACUCAUACAAAAAGAAAAAACAAAAGAAGAAGCAACACGCGUGUGGCGUUUGCGAGAAACAAUUCUCGUAUCUCGGCUCACUGGAAGUACAUAUGAAAGUACAUAGCGGUGAGAAAUCAUACAAUUGUCUACUAUGUGACAGCAAAUAUAAAGAGAACAAAGCGUUGACCAAACAUAUAGCUGAAACGCAUAGUGUCAACGACAAAUAUCCAUGUAAAUUAUGCAACAAAGUAUUCGAGAAAACUGUGAUAUUCAAAAAACAUAUUUUGACGCAUUUCGAAGAGAAAUACAAGUGUGAGACGUGUUCCAAAGAGUUUUUAAGGAAGAAGGGGUUGAAAGAACAUAUAAAAACGCAUACGGGCGAAAAAAAGCACGUAUGUGAUAUAUGUUCUAAAUCUUUCACGCAUAGUCAGACGUUGAAGUCGCAUAUACUCACUCAUACUGGUGAGAAACCGUACAUAUGUGAUGUUUGCGGUCGCAGUUUCCACCAGAGAACACAUUUACAACGCCACAUAUAUAUAAUACACAAAGGCGUCAAGCCUUAUACGUGUAAAACGUGUAAAAAACAAUUUUCAAGCAAAAGUUACUUGUCAAUACACGAAAGACAACAUACGGGCGAGAAACCCUACUCCUGUGACGUUUGUAAUAAACAUUUCACGGCGUAUACUACUUUGAAAGUACACAUGAGGGUACAUACCGGUUUGAAACCCUAUUCGUGUAGUUUUUGCGAAAGACAGUUCGCGCAAAUGGCCAGCUUCAAGCUCCACGAGCGAACACACACGGGUGAGAAACCGUACUCGUGCGACGUUUGUAAAAAACCGUUUUCGGAUAGCGGCUAUUUGAAAAUACACAUGAGAGUGCACACCGGUGAGAAACCAUAUAAAUGUGACGUUUGUAAACGUCACUUCCGAGAAACGGGGCAGUUAAAACGUCACAUGCGUGUCCACAGUGGCAUAAAAGCGUAUACUUGUAAAAUUUGCAAUAAACAAAUUGGGAAUCUAUCUAAACAUAUGAAAGUUCACUCGGAUGACAGGCCGUACAGCUGUAAUGUAUGCAAUAAGCAGUUUUCUGUUAACGGUAAUUUGAAAUUACACAUGCGUAUACAUACGGGUGAGAAACCGUUUUCGUGUGACAUAUGUCACAGUCAAUUUACACAAAGUAGUGGACUGAAAAGGCACAGAUGUUCACAUGAGAAAAGCGAUGGUUAAUUGUUCUAAUAUUUAUUUAAUGUUUGGAGUUGUUUUACACUUCAUAAUAUAUUUAUUUCGCAAUUCAUAUAUUGUUUAAAUUCGAUGAUCAUUAAAUAAUAAAUAAAUGCACAAUACUCGACGCUUGUGUCACGGAGCCGAUGGACACAAACACAGAACAGAGGGCGAAGUCCUGGUUUGCGUUUCACUUUUCACCAUCGAAUCAAUUCGAAGUGAGACGCAGCGAAACAAUUACAGUGCGCCAUUGUGACGCAACGACACUGCAAGGGGCAAUCUAGUUGCCCCUGCGGCAGGUGUGUGAAUAGCCUGCCACAUAUCAGUUGUCAUAUGUUACGUCAUACCUUAGUUUUAUCGAAAUUAUAAAGUCUGACGUCACGUCAGCUUAAUUUACUACUUUAUGAUAGCCUAUUGAAGUACAAUGGAUUUACAUUUUAAUUAUAUAUUGAUAGCUUUAAGUUAACUUAUUGAGUGAAAUUAAGUAUUAUUUUCCAAGUAUUAUUUUUGAUUUAAUUUAAAGUAUAUUUUUUUACUUUAUAAAACUUAGUUAAGGCAAUGUACCUAAUAAUAUAUUGAUUUUACAAUAUAAAUAA